AUGGCCAUACUGAAAAAGUCAUUCUUCAUUGAGGAUAUCUUGAAAGAGGACGAAAAGGCGCCCACGGGAAAGGCAGGAACGAAAGCGAAGCAGAAGGAGCAGUCAGUCAUUACGGACGAGAGCAGCAAGACUAGGUCGAAAAGUGAUAAUGGAAGGAAGCAAGCGUCCAAUGCCACCAGCAACGACAAGAGCAAGAAGCCUCGGCGCCGCAGAACGGCGUUUACCCAAGCCCAGUUGGCGUUCCUCGAGCGAAAGUUCCGCUGCCAAAAGUACCUGAGUGUCGCUGACCGCGGAAAUGUUGCGGAAGCCCUGAAACUUACAGAAACACAAGUGAAGACGUGGUACCAGAACAGAAGGACCAAGUGGAAACGACAAACCAGCCUUCGUCUGGAGCACCUGCGGCACCCGCGUGGGGACGAACCCGUCGGAGACGCGUCUUUGCUGCCAGGUUCCUACUUCAGCGUUCUUCCUGCACCGGGAGCUCCGCACUCUUGUUUGGUGAAUCCUGGACUGCUCAAUGGAAUGGCAUCGGGACCCCGAGAGGCCUCACCAUCCUUAUCUUCACAUGCCUUCACCUCAAGAGGCUAUUCACAACGUCACCUAUCUUCACCUCAUGAGGGCCCUCAUGUCCUCACGACGCCUCACGUACUUUCGCCUAGGGAGGACCCACAUGGCCUCACGAGUCCUCAUCCUCACGUGCCCUCACCUCAUGAGGGCCUUCAUGGCCUCACGUACCUUCUUCUCAAGAGGUCCCUUAUGGCGUUACGACCCCCCAUCCUCACGAGCCGUCGCCUCGUGAAUACCCUCAUGGCCUGA